GUUGCGUGGAUGAAGUGAUGCAGCGGUGUGCGACUGGUCAUCGACCUUGGCUGCACGACGGCGCUAUCGGGCGCGACCAUCUAUUACCUGAUGCCACCGACCGCCUGGGCGCUCAUGGUCCCGCGGCAAACGUGGCCGCGCUGGUUGUCCACCGCCACCUAUUCAGCACACCAUGAUCACCUAUCCAGAGAGCACGGACGCCGUAUGCUCUAAUUGAGUACUUGACAGACUCUGUACUCUUCGGUGCCAUGUCAACAUUCGAUGUCUAUGGUAUGAAAAAUGUCAAUAACCAAAUAAGCUCAUCACACAUGUGUGUGGUCGGUCGAGGGAAGGACUUCAGUAGUCACAAUGCUGCAAUAGCUGGAUGGACGGUUAGCCCAUCCGAAUAUGGUGAUAGCAAAACACACUUCUUUACACGAUGGACGGUUGAUGGGUAUAAGUCAACCGGAUGCUAUGACUUGAAAUGCGAUGGUUUUGUGCCAGUACAAAAUGCGCCUACCACUCCAGGAGACACUCUAGACCACAAAAACGGAAAACUUAAGAUCACAAUCAAGAUAUUCAAGAAGAAAGAUGAUGGUGACUGGUGGUUGUACUUUGGUUAUGAUAAUCAAAGCCUUAGAGCUGUUGGAUUCUGGCCCAAAAGUAUCUUUAAUAAUAUGGCAGACCAUGCAAAUCUUGUAGAGUGGGGUGGUUACACCUUCUCCAAUUCCGGGAGUGCUAGUCCUGCAAUGGGCAGCGGCCACUGGCCUGGGAUACAUUCUGCAGUUGUUCGAGAUGUUAGAUUUGUUGAUGACACUGGUAGAGGCUACAAAAUUGAUCCAUGGCCCGGGGGCCUUUUUGCUUCUAUCUCCCACAAAAAAUGCUAUGGAGCCGUUCUAUCUGUAGACGAAAUGUUUUAUUAUGGCGGACCUGGUGGUUGUACUAUGUAGUAAAUGUUUUAUUAUGGCGGACCUGGUGGUUGUACUAUGUAGUAAAGCUUUAUAGUCUGAGAUGAGAUCCAAAUAAUAUAAUAAAGAUAUAAUGUGUUUACAAGUUAUUUCGACAAGGAAAUUGUUAUGGCUCUCCUUGUAUGUCAUAUAUGUAAAUAAAGUGAAGAGGCAAUA